UGUUUUUCUUUCGCUGAGUUACGCAAGAAGCUCUGUACUGGGUGUGUCGUUGUUCUGGCGAUAUUUAAGCAGCCUCUUCCUUCUGCCCAGACUAUUCGGAACGGGACAUCCCAAAGACUGUCGCUGCCAUGAGCGGACAAAACGGACGCAGAAUCCUGAAUGAUCGACCCGUGAUAGGUAUCUUGGUGCAGCUUGCCCGCGAGGAUCUGACGUUUAGAGCAAAGAUGUACAUAGCAGCUCCCAACGUGAAGCACCUGGAGUCGGCUGGCUGCCGGGUGACACCUGUCAGAUUGUACCUCAGUGAGUCUGAAUAUGAACGGAUAUUUUACUCAAUAAAUGGCAUCCUGCUCCCCGGGGGAGCCGUGGACGUCCAGAGCUCGGAGUUCGCCCGGGUUUCCGGAAUCUUCUACAGGCUGGCGAUCCAGGCCGCUGACCGGGGCGACUAUUUCCCGGUGUGGGGCACGUGUCUGGGCCACCAGCUGCUGACGGCGCUCACCUCCGGUCACAACCUGCUUAGCCUCACGGACACCGGCCGGGUGGCGCUGCCGCUCCUCUUCACCCCCGAAAUAAAAAGCUGCCGAAUGUUCCGUGACUUCCCGCCGGAGACAAUGAGAGCUUUAGGGGAAAACUCUCUGACCGGACACUUCCACAAGUACAGCAUCACCCUGGAGGACUUCGAGGCGAACGAGAAGCUGCGCUCCUUCUACAGGAUCGUCUCCACCAACACCGACCCACAAGGAAUCACCUUCGUCUCCACCAUGGAAGCGAUACACUAUCCAAUUUACGGCACCCAGUGGCAUCCGGAAGGAAACAGAUAUUUCUGGAAGAAGAAUUUUGAUUUUCUGCACUGUCCCCUGGGAGUCAGGAUGUCCUACCUAUUGGCAGAGUUCUUUGUAAAUGAAGCCAGAAAGAGUCUUCAUUGCUUUAGCAGCAGAGAAGAGGAGGAGGCUGCCUUAAUCAACAACUGUAUACCUACUUAUGUACAAAGUGAAAAGGGUGGCCGUAUUAUCUAUAAGUUUGAUUAGGUGUCUUUGCUAGAGUGUCUUGGUCUAUCUGUAGAUAUUCUUGUCCUUUAGAAAGCUCCUGGAAUGCUGAAAUGUACUGGGGAUGCCCAGGGCUAUAUGAGAGGGAAACAGGCAUUCAGGUCGAAGGUUCUUCACCAGAACUCUGUUGCUUAUCCAACAAUGUUGAACCACUUAUUCUGCUUGGGUAGAUCCAGCGAUAUGAACAUUGAAUUCUCCCAUUUCAAGUAAUACGCUUCAAGUAACCUUCGACCUGAAUGCCGGGGAAUGACCGGGAUGGGACAAGUCUUUCAAGUAAUUUCAAGUAAGAUGCUGAAUCCAGGGCAAAAGAAGCACCUGCUGGGUCAGCGUUUGUGAGGGAGAAUAAUUCUGCCCGC